AUGAAGUCCGCCGCCAGGAAGUUCUUUCGCCGCAGCAAGAAGUCGUCGUCCGAGCCCAAGGCCCCCAAGAAGUCCCACCACGCCUCCACCCAUGACGACCUGGAGCGCGACAAGUACCGAGCAUUCAACUCUCACCCCGACUACCACAACUAUGCCGUCGAGCGGAGCAGCGUCUUCGCGCCCUGGCUGGAGCUGCCCUCCCCCAUCCUCGAGAGGGUCUUCGCCUUUGUCUGCCCCCACAGCCGCGACGAGUCCUACGAGACGUGCGAGCAGAGCGCCAUCGAGGAUGCCUGCAUGCUCUGCGACCUGCGUGAUCUCUCCCACGCCGGCCGCGUGUGCAAGCGCUGGAGGAAGACCGCAGUCGCCCUGAUGUACAAGAGCAUCCGCAUCGACCCAGUCCACUACUGCGAGCGCGAGAUCGACCUGUCCGAGAAGCGCAAGCGCCGAAGCCGUUUCGACCGCAACGGCGCGCCCGAGGACACGGCGAGCGCCCGCCUGCAGCUGCUCUGCCGCACCCUGCGCGAGGACCCCACCCGCCUCGGCAAGCUCGUGCGAUACUUCAAGACCCCCUACAUGCUCCGCGAGUCGAGCACUCCCACCCUCGCCCGCACCAUUGCCGUCCUGCCCAACCUGCGCUACGUCGACCUGCCGGAGGGCCUGUUCGUCGACGACCCGGCCUACCUCACCCUCAAGCUCGAAGUCCAGGCCCGAUGUCCCGAUCUUAGAAAGAUGACGUACAUGGGCGGCAGCGAGCGCAGCUUGGAGGCCCUGGGCCGGGGCAACGUAUGGACGAAGCUCGAGGUCCUGGAGCUGGCCAGGAUCAACAUGGACCCGGCAACGCUGCGCCAGGUCCUCGCCGUGCUGCAGGAUCUGCGCGCGCUCAAGGUCAGCGACUGCCGCAUGCUGGACGAUGACAUCUUCCGCUACAACGACGUGCUGCAAGCCUUCCCGCCCUUGGUAGAACUCAUCCUCAAGGACACGCCGCGUGUCACCUCGGAUGGUCUGGUGGCCUACCUGUCGAAGGGGGACGCGCAGAACACGUUGAAAGUGCUGUCCCUGACGAACACGGGCAUUCACCCUUCGACUCUUCAUGACAUCUUGGGACGUGCGCCACACAUCACAGCGCUCUCCAUCACCGAAGAGGUCGACUCCGCGUUCCCGUCUCAGGCGGGCCCCAUUCCCCCACUGACAAACUGGUCUUUGCAGUCCCUGCGCUUCGAGAUCACGGCGUCGCCCACAAACUCGCCGUACGCGAGCAUCACCGCGGGCUACUACAAUUACCUAGCUUCGUCGCUAUUCGCCGGUGGUCUGCCGCGCCUGGCCGAAGUCUAUGUGCGUGACCAGAAUUUCCCCGACAUGCUCCUGGGGCUCCCUCCGCCCGUGCCCGGUUUCGCCGGCAGUCAUCAGCGGCCCAGCAGUUCCAGCAGUGCGAACAUGUUCAGCAUGGGCAGCGGUAACCUCUCGGCCCGCUCACCCUCGACCCUCUCACCCUCGAGCACGGGAGGCCGCAACAACCCUACGUCGCGUUUCAGCUCCAACAACCCGUUUGCGUCCGCGGCGUCCAACGUCCCCCGCGGGCCCGGCAUCUUGUCCCUCAACCAGACGCUCGAGGUCUACACCAAAGGCGAGGACGACCUCGACUGGGGAAGCAUCCGCAUGGACCCGUUCGAUGCGUACGACGGCGCAGGCAAUGGCAGUCGGGGCCGCCACGGGCGUAACGGUAGUGCCGCGAGUGGUCGCCCGAUGAGCAGCUACGGCUUGGCCGAUGCCGGCGCUGGGUGGCAGGCGGGACACGGCGCCAGGAAGAGCGUCGUAGUGCAGGGCAAUGGGAAUGGUGGCUUUCUGGCGGUGCCCGGAGACGCCGGCCACGGAGCUCACGGGCGGAAAGGCAGCACCGUUAGCGUGGGAGGCGCCAGAGAGGACCUGUGGCCUCGGCCAACCAGCAGCGCAGGCCCCAAAAAGGGAGCUCGGGAUCUGUGGCGUUGA